AUGGGGCCCCUUGAGGGGGACGGGCUGCUGCUGAGGGAGCGCCUGGCCGCGCUGGGCCUCGACGACCCCAGCCCCACGGAGCCCGGUCCCCCGGCGCUCCGGACCGCGGCGGCGGCGACGGCGAAGCAGGGCCAGGCCCGGCGUGCGGCGGGGCUGUCCCCGGAGGAGCGGCCCGCAGCCCCCGAGGCGGCCGAACCGGAGCUGGAGGAGGACGACGAGGAGGGGGAGGAUGCGGAUCUGGACGGAGACCUGCUGGAGGAGGAGGAGCUGGAGGAGGCCGAGGAGGAGGACCGGCCGUCGCUGCUGCUGCUGUCGCCGCCCGCGGCCGCAGCCUCCCAGACCCAGCCGAUCCCAGGCGGGCCUCUGGGGUCGGUGCUGCUGCCGGCCGCCGGCUUCGAUGCCCGGGAGGCCGCGGCGGCGGCGGCGGCGGCGGGCGUGCUCUACGGCGGGGACGAUGCCCAGGGCAUGAUGGCGGCGAUGCUGUCCCACGCCUACGGCCCCGGCGGCGGGGCGGCAGCAGCAGCCCUGAACGGAGAGCAGGCGGCCCUGCUGCGGAGGAAGAGCGUCAACACCACCGAGUGUGUCCCGGUGCCCAGCUCCGAGCACGUCGCCGAGAUUGUCGGCCGCCAGGGUUGUAAAAUUAAAGCACUGAGAGCCAAGACGAACACUUACAUCAAGACACCUGUUCGUGGUGAAGAACCCAUUUUUGUUGUCACUGGACGGAAAGAAGACGUUGCCAUGGCCAAAAGAGAAAUACUCUCCGCUGCUGAGCACUUCUCCAUGAUUCGUGCAUCUCGAAACAAAAAUGGCCCUGCCCUAGGAGGAUUGUCAUGUAGUCCUAAUCUUCCUGGUCAAACCACCGUCCAAGUCAGGGUACCCUAUCGUGUGGUAGGAUUAGUGGUUGGACCCAAAGGAGCAACAAUUAAAAGAAUUCAACAGCAGACCCACACAUACAUAGUAACUCCAAGCAGAGAUAAGGAGCCUGUUUUUGAAGUGACCGGAAUGCCUGAGAAUGUUGACCGAGCAAGGGAAGAAAUAGAAAUGCAUAUUGCCAUGCGUACAGGAAACUACAUAGAGCUCAAUGAAGAGAAUGAUUUCCAUUACAAUGGUACUGAUGUAAGCUUUGAAGGUGGCACUCUUGGCUCUGCGUGGCUCUCCUCUAAUCCAAUUCCUCCUAGCCGUGCAAGGAUGAUAUCCAAUUAUCGAAAUGAUAGUUCCAGUUCUCUAGGAAGUGGCUCCACAGAUUCUUACUUUGGAAGCAAUAGGCUGGCUGACUUUAGUCCAACAAGCCCCUUUAGCACAGGAAACUUUUGGUUUGGAGAUACCCUACCGUCUGUGGGCUCAGAAGAUCUUGCAGUUGACUCUCCUGCCUUUGACUCUUUACCAACAUCUGCUCAAACUAUCUGGACUCCAUUUGAACCAGUUAACCCACUCUCUGGCUUUGGGAGUGAUCCUUCUGGUAACAUGAAGACUCAGCGUAGAGGAAGUCAGCCAUCUACUCCUCGUCUGUCUCCUACAUUUCCUGAGAGCAUAGAACACCCACUUGCUCGGAGGGUUAGGAGUGACCCACCUGGCACAGGCAACCAUGUUGGCCUUCCAAUAUACAUCCCUGCUUUUUCUAAUGGUACCAAUAGUUACUCCUCUUCCAACGGUGGUUCCACCUCUAGCUCACCUCCAGAAUCAAGAAGAAAGCAUGACUGUGUGAUAUGCUUUGAGAAUGAAGUUAUUGCUGCCCUAGUUCCAUGUGGCCACAACCUCUUCUGCAUGGAAUGUGCCAACAAGAUCUGUGAAAAGAGAACACCAUCAUGUCCAGUUUGCCAGACAGCUGUUACUCAGGCAAUCCAAAUUCACUCUUAA